CAAAAGUACCCGGCUGCACAGAUUUCCUUAGCAACGCAUGAGACAGUGCAAUUGCAUGAACGGCCAACACUACUGAAGCCACACCCCAGUAGCUCCUUUCGGCAGAAGAAGUAUAUCAGUCGUCAGUCUAAAAAGAGAGAUAAUGAUCUGCAUAGGUUACUUUUCAUGCCUAAUGGACUUCCUGAUGGAGCUGAACUGGCUUACUAUUCGAAGGGACAAAUAGCACUUGAGGGCUAUAAGCACGGAAAUGGUAUUUUAUGUAGUUGCUGUGAUAGCGAGGUUAGUCCCUCACAGUUUGAAGCUCAUGCUGGAUGGGCGACUAGGCGUCAACCCUAUCGCCAUAUCUAUACUUCUAGUGGACUAUCACUUCAUGAUAUAGCGAUUUCUCUGGCAAGUGGACAAAAUUUAGCAAUAUACGGUGGCGAUGAUAUGUGCACAGUAUGUGGAGAUGGAGGAGAUCUGUUACUUUGUGAUGGAUGCCCGAGGGCUUUCCAUGGAGUUUGUUUGGAAUUACAGUGCCUCCCAGAAGGUGAUUGGAAUUGCCCAUAUUGCGACGACAAGAUACAGGCAGAUGGAAUGUCAGCUUUCAGCGAAUCUGGUGUUUCCAGACCACUAACAAUACGGUUGUCGCGGGUUGUUAGAGCCCCAGCUGCUGAAAUAGGUGGAUGUGUUGUUUGCAGGCAUGACUUCAGUGUAGCAAGAUUUGACGAGCGAACAGUCAUGCUCUGUGACCAAGAAUUACCCAAAGGAAAAUGGUUUUGCUCUGAGGAUUGCACCAGUAUACAUACUGCUUUACAAGCCUUGAUCUUUGGUUGGCCAAAGGGUUUUCCAGCUUCACUGACUACUAUUAUUGACGAAAAGCUUAUUGAGAAAGGCCUAAUUCAUGAAGUUGGGGCUAAUGUGCAAUGGAAACUUUUAAGUGGAAAAUAUGGAUCUUCGGAAGAUCGGCCGCUGCUUUCUAAGGCUGCUGCAAUAUUUAGACAUGGCUUUGAUCCAAUAGUUGAAAGGUCAGGUCGUGAUCUUAUUCCUGCUAUGGUUUAUGGGCGAAAUAUAGCUGGGCAGGAGUUCGAGGGUUAUUUCCAAGCACUGUUCUCGUGUAUUGAGAGGCUUCUGUGCUCCUUGAAUGUGGAGAAUAUUGUCCUCCCUGCUGCUGAAGAAGCCGAAUCUAUCUGGAUCAAUAAAUUUGGCUUCACCAAGAUCACAGAAGAGCGAGUGGCCCUCCCCCACACCAUUUAUGAGUUUGAACUGUUUUUAAGGGGAAGCCCCCCGAGUAUCUCGUGUCACUUUACAAAUAACGGUGUUCUUUCUUUAUUAUUAUCUUUAAUGUAUCUGUUCUCAUUCAGUUUUACUUUUCAAUCAUGAGCAGUUGCUGCAGUACACAAGGGAUACUCAGUUGAUGUUUUUCCAGAAGACGGCGAUGCUAGAGAAACCGGUUCCACCAAGGAUCGGUGGAUUGUAGUAGUUUCUGAAUAAUGGUCUCUCGCGGUGGAUUUAUCUUUCCCUGAGAAGAGCCAUAGUGCCUGAAUUGAUUUUCAAGUUUUUUAGUUCCCAAUUUAUUUGUUCUCUGUAUGCAAUUUUGCUUCAUUAGCAGUUAAAGUAUCGAAUUGAUAAAGAGCCAAGCCUUGGUUGAAAGAAAUAUUAAUUGAUAAAUAGCCAAGCCUUGGUAGAAGAGAGAAAGAAGAUUAAUUGAUAGGUGUUGUUUAAUGUACCAAAUAUUCCUCCAUAGUAGAGGAAAAGAAGAAAAAAGUUGUAGUAUGUAAAGUGUACAACAAGAGGCACAGAAUUAUAACCUACCUAGUAGUAUUGAUACAUGCAAACCUUUUUUUUCUUC